AUGUCUUCUCGUCUUUCACCUUACAUUGAAUUAUUUUGUCGAGGUUUAUAUGAUUCAGUACGAAAUUCAUUUAAUGUCUUGACAAUUGAUGAUGAUUUUAGUAAUAAAUCAUCGGAAAAAACUUCCACAAACCAACAUCCACAUCAACCAAAACCUAAAAGAGGUUCAACAUCAUCAUCGAAUGCAAAACGUGUUAAAUCAAAUUUAACACUUUUAUGUUUAUUCAAUGGUGGAAUUCUUCUUUGCGGCAUGAUUUGUUUUAAUUAUCUUUUCUUACCUGUAUUUCGUCGAUUAUUUUAUACAUUAGCUGGAUUAGAUUCAUCAUCAUCAUCUCGUCCAUUAUUAUUUAUUCAACAUAUAUUAACAUAUACAUUUAAUUUUCUAUGGCUUAUUCCAGCGUUUAUUAUCUCAAAAUUUGUUAAUUCAUAUUGGUUUCGUGAUAUAGCUGAUGCUGUAUUUAAAAAAUUAACAAAAAAUACUCGACCAUUACCAGCAUUAUCACUUGCACGUUCAAUAAGUGAUGUUUUAUUUAGUUUAAUCAUCCAAAUAUUUUUUCUUCUACAAUCAACACUUAUCUUAUUAAUACCAGUUCCAAUACUUAAUACACUCUUUGGUCAUAUGUGUCUUUGUUUACUUUAUUCAUUUUAUGCAUUUGAAUAUGCAUGGAUAUACGCAAAUUUAACUGUUAAACAACGUGUUGAACGUAUUGAACUCUAUUGGCCAUAUUUUCUUGGUUUUGGUCUACCAUUAACAUUACUUUCAACAUAUUUUAAAUCAGUUAUUGUUAAUGAAUGUAUCUUUUCAAUUUUAUUUCCCUUUGCAAUUGUUGCAGCAACAUCAGUUAAUUUUGAUAAACGUAUUCGAUUACCACCAACACAACCAAAUGUUGUACCAUUAAAUGUAUUUGCUGGUUGUAUUCGUUUAACAAGUCGUCUAUUUGAUUUGCUCAAACAUAAACGUCCUUCAACUGUAGUAACAACAACCCAAUGA